AGCCCUUUGGCUCAGGCCCCGCUGCCGAGCGGACCAGCCGAGGCCGUGGCGACGGUGCCUCCGAUGAUGCAAUGGGUGCGCUGGACCGCUCCUGCGAGGCCAGCCACAGCUCAGACACCGCGGCGGAGUCGGAGACCGACGACCAGCGGGCUCUGCUGACCCGCCCGGAGAAGGCCGCAGUGCCGGCCGGCGCCAGGCGCAGCUUCGUGGUGGGCGGCACGGCCGCCGUCGUGCUCGCCGUGGGCGUGCUGGCCCUGGUCGCGGCCCCCGGCCGCUCUGUGCCGCGGGCCAGCGCCGACUGGGCCAUCAGUGCGGCGUCCCCGCUGCCCGGCCGGGAGAACCGUGCCUUCUGCCGCAACUGGGAGGUGAUCAGGCUGGCCCUCUUGCAGGGCGUGCCGUCCGUGGAGUUGUGCAGCCAGGAUGCAGGGGAGGAAAAGACACCGAUACCGUUCGCCUACUGUUGUUUUCGCCUUUUUGGGCCUCCUGGGAGGCUCUCGUCGCCACCGCUGGGUUCGCCUCGACGUUCUGGUCAUGACGCAUCCUGGGCGAGGUCUGGGCAUUGGCGGUAUCUGUAUUGUUUUGGUUUCCCCACAGAAGUGCCGCGAUCUAGCUGGCUGCACCAGCUUCAGCUAUCAGCCAGGGGCCUGCAAGGCGCUCUCCGGCAGGGGCCGCUGCUACCUCUGGAGCGGCGAGUGCGACCAUUGGGCCAACGAGUGCUGGGACACCUACAACCUGUCUGAGCGCGAGCGCAAGCCAGCGUCCUGGCGGAAGACAGCGUCCCGGUACGGUUGUUCCAACUGGAAGGAGGCCAAAAUUGCCAAUUCUACGAUAGAAAUCAGUGCUAGUGCUUGCGCCUCAAAAUGUGCAGACACCAAGGGGUGCGUUGGCGUCAACUUUCAGCCUGGGCACUGCUCUGGGAGUGAGAUGAUGCAGAAGGGCUCCUGCUACAUGUGGAAGCAGCGGUGCCUGCCCGAAUACAAUUCAUGCUGGGACCUGUACGAGGAGCUCGUGUCAACCGUCUUGGUCUCGCCGUCCAGUGUGGGCGACUUGUCUCUGGAUGUUGAGUCCGAGGAUGGGUUCGAGAUUGGCGACCGCGUCUUCAUUCAGAGCGCUCUGUUCACAGAAAUACGCAUCCUCGUGGGGGUUGGCCCGCUCAUGUUCGCCGAUGGCGCCGCCCUCGACCACGAUUUUCCCGCGGGCUCAACCGUCACCACGCCGAUCAAGCCCAUCGAGCCCAACAAGUCACGCCAGCUCCACAGUCUGGCGUGAGUCGGGGUUGCAACAGUGGCUCGUGUUGUCUGUGCGUCCUGCAGGAUACCUGUGUUAAGCGAAGUCAGUGCUGGAGACAGAGGUGUAUCGAGGCCAACGGCCUCGGUAGCGUGCGAGGCGAGCGGGUAUCAUUCAGAUGUCUGAGCAUGUCUGAACGUUGCUAGUGCACAGGCAGCGCAGGCCUAUACCACUUGUGCUUGCACGGAAUAUGUGCGAGCCUUGCAUGCAUUUUGUGCCGAAAUAUAUCCAAGGCGGAUGACAUAUGCCAUCGAGCCAGGGAGUGGUAGGCAUGUAUAAAGUUUACUGCCCGAGGUGAGCUUGCGCAAAAUGUGCUCAGCCCUCUAACGUUGCAGAGCAUGCCUUGUCUGACAUUUAGAGCAAAAUAGCCUUACUCAUCGGAUGGUGCGGAGACUGCCUUGCCUCGCGGCAAGUGGCCGGAGUGCUGUAGAGAGAGAGUCAUCAUCCAGGGGCGUGCGCUCGGGACGCGUGGUCCAG